AUGAAGCCCAGACUGGAUGCAGUGGCAGUGAAUGACAACUGCAGCCUUGGCUUGGUGGUGACCGAAUUUGUUCUGCGGGGCUUUCCACAGGUCCGUCAAUUGGAGCUCUCCAUUUUUACAGUCUGCUCAACAAUCUUCACGUUCACCCUCCUGGGGAACCUGAUCAUCAUUGCCAUUGUGGUGACAGAUUCCUGCCUGCACACUCCCAUGUAUUUUUUCCUAGGGAACCUCUCUCUCCUGGAGAUCUCCUUCACCUCGGCCGUUGUACCCAAGAUGUUGGCCAACCUGCUGGCCAAAAGGAAGACCAUUUCAUUCUCAGGCUGCAUCACUCAAUGUUAUUUCUAUUUUUUCCUGGGAUCCACAGAAUUGCUCCUCCUGGCCGUGAUGUCCAUUGACCGCUAUGUGGCCAUUUGCAACCCACUGCGCUAUGUUGCCAUAAUGAACAUCCGUGUCUGCAUCUCCUUGGCCCUUGGUUGCUGGGUGGGUGGGUUUCUGCUUGUCCUUUUGCCAAUAUUGGUGAUAUCUCAGCUGCCAUACUGUGGCCCCAAUGUCAUCAAUCACUUUUUCUGUGACAGCACUCCGCUGCUGAAGCUUUCCUGCUGUGACAUACGCCUCAUUGAACUUGGGGAUAUUCUGCUUGCCUCUGUUUUGCUUACUGGCACCCUACUGGUCAUCAUGGUCUCCUACAUUUACAUUAUCUCCACUGUGCUGAAGAUCCCUUCAGCUGCCGGGAGGAGCAAGGCCUUCUCUACAUGUGCCUCACAUGUCACUGUGGUGACAAUCUAUUAUGGCAGCGCCACCUUCAUGCAUGCCCAGCCAGCACAGAGCUCUGCCUUGGAAUUCAGCAAAGUGGUGGCAGUGUUAAUCACAGUGGUUACACCAUUCCUGAACCCCCUCAUCUACAGCCUGAGGAACGAGAAGGUGAAAGAAGCCCUGAAAGAUAUGGUGAAGUGGAGAAGUGCUUCCCUAAGAAAAAUGGAACCUUUCGUCUGA